AUGACUGCAGCUCGGCUUCAACGUUGGUCAUUAUUCCUGGGUGCUCAUACAUAUGACAUCGAGUUUAAAGGAACAAAACUACAUGGCAAUGCUGAUGGUCUGUCGCGUUCUCCCUUGCCCCAAAGUGAGGAGUACAGUGAUGGAGACCCCCUGGAAGUGUAUCACAAUAUGUUGAUGGAACAGCUACCUAUUACCAAUGCCACGAUCAAUCGAGAAACAAGGAAAGACCCGGUACUAUCAAAAGUAAUGGACUUAACUCUCAAAGGUUGGCCUAAACAUGGUGAUGCUCAAUAUUACGGGUUUUCGGGCAGGAGAGAUCAGCUUUUUGUCUGUCAAGGAACUCUAUUGUGUGGGUCACGAGUGGUAAUACCACCUAAACUGCAAAACAGAGUUUUGGAAAAUUUGCAUGAGGGUCACCUAGGCACAGUAAAAAUGAAGAAUCUUGCUAGAAGCUAUGUGUGGUGGCCAGGAAUCGAUGGUCAAAUUGAAACUUUGACAAAAGGGUGUGAAGGAUGUCAAAGAGUUCAAAAUGCACCAUCUUUAGCCCCGUUACACCCCUGGGAAUGGCCUUCAUCUCCAUGGCAGCGGGUACAUAUUGACUUUGCUGGUCCAUUCAUGGAUUGUAUGUUUCUUAUUGCAGUGGACGCUCAUUCAAAAUAUCCAGAGGUAAUAAAGAUGAAAUCCACUACUUCUGAGAAAACAAUUGCUCUGCUGCGAACCAUCUUUGCUAGAAAUGGUCUACCGGAGCAAGUGUGCAGUGACAAUGGGCCACAGUUUGUGUCCAUGGAAUUCAAAAAGUUCAUGCAAGACAAUGGAAUUAAACAUUUUACAUCAGCUCCACACCAUCCAGCCACUAACGGUUUGGCUGAGAGAUUUGUCCAAACAUUCAAAAAAGCUAUCAAGUCCAUGCAACAUGAACAUCUACCUUUGCAACGCAAGAUUGACAACUUCUUGUUAUAUAUUGUAGGACUGAGCACUCCACUACCAGUCAGCCUUCUGCAGUGCUAUUUAUGCAACGGAACUUACGGUCUCAGUGGGACUUGA